UCUUUUCUUCUGCAAAGAGAAUCUCCAAAGAUGUUCGUCACAAGAUUACUAAGCUUCAGACCUCGGCGCGGGUACCCAAGGAAUCUAAAGCGCAACAUCGCCAGCAUAUCGAUUCUGACACGGGUUCCCGCAACUAUAUAUCGUCUCCAGCAAGGACCACGCUCAAAUCUUCUUGCUCCUCAUCCAGAGGGCGAGGGUAUACCGAUCGACGAAGUUCAGUUAGACCGGGAUGGACUUGUCAAGACUGGAUUGUCUCUGAAAGAACCUUUGUUCAAUGGAGCGAUCUUUAUGCCCAACACUCAUCUGAUGCAGGAAUUGACCAGAGAUGCUUUCGAUGCUUAUUUUGAACAAGACGAAUCGUGCAAGCCCGUUCUUGUUCGAUUGGCUAAAGGGACCAUGGUUCCAGAGUCACUUCAACUCCUUCAACAAGACUCGCAAUUCGCGCUACAACCCAUCCCUCCUCGGAGGUUGGCCGAGCUGAACGAAUGCCUUGACGAAUUCUACAGUGCCUAUGCAACAAUUAUUGAUGCUGGGGACUGGUAUCAGAAGAAUGCUUUCGCCGAUGCCACUCCUGAUGAAGAGCCCCAUAUUUGGACUGAGCUCUAAGGUGACACAGAUCUACGUGCAGUUGCACGCGUCGCUUCCGUGGUAGGCAGAGUAUUGGUUCAUAGGGUUCUUACCAGGGUCUCUAAUAGAGUGUUGACUGAAGCAGUCGACAAUAUCGGCCGUUUUCAGGUGGGACGAGCCAGUGACUGAUCAUAUCUCCCAGAAGACCUUGUUCUCGUCCACGAAUUUGGUGGACAAUACUCCUUGCAACCCAAGGUCGAGAUGACCUUGCCGGAAUUGAACGCCAAACUCACUGCAUUCUAUCCUAGUCAGGCGAGUGCCUUGACAAAGGAGGAUUGGCAGAAGCAAUACCCCGAGGCCACUGAAUAGUGGCAGAUGCCUCCAUGGAGAGGAUGCAGGAGAUGAGAGACUGGCAGUAUAUAGUUAGCAUUUUGGUCGACAACAUGAGCUUCCAAGUAUCCGUACUGAAAG